AAUCUUCGUAUCAUACGGUUUGAUGAACAGGUUGUUAAAUGUAAAUUUACCACGUUUAAAAUAUUUCUUUGUACUAAUUCUUUGUGUUAAUCAGAUACGCAAGCUAAUUUGUUAAAUCAACCAAAAACAAUUGUAGGAAGUUCAAAAUAUUUGUCUUGCGACGGUGAAUUAGUACAUGCAUAUUGUUUAAGUGAUGUGAACGCGAACCUAAACAACUUACUUCCUACUUCCUUGAUCGGUCGUAAACAUAUCUCCAUUGAAAAUGAACCUGCGAGAAGAUGAAUAAACACCUGUUGUAUCUUUCAUUAUUUAUUGCUUUAUGGAAACAUGGCCAAGGAAAGCACAUAUUGAAUUCGACAUUUUUCGAGCAAAAAUUGUCAUGGAAAAAUGCAGCUGAAUUCUGCUCACAACAUGACGGAGUCCUGGAGAGUAAUGCAACAUUAGUGAUGCAAAAAUUCGAGAACAUUUCAAAUAGUAUCUUCAAUUUAUGGCUCGGUAAAUACGUGUCAUAUUCAAAUUGGUCCUAUAUACGAGGUUGUUUCCUUUUCUAUGGAAAGCUCCUACAUUUCUCGUUAGAAUAUUCGGAAGAGCUUGAAUGCCAAAAAUUAUGCGAACGUUACACAUUUUAUUCUGCUCGGGAAAAAGACUGUUACUGUACGGAUGAUAUUUCGUCAUUUGAGAGAAAGACUGAUUGUAACUGUGCGGGUUGCUUUAAAGUUUGGGAACAUAAACUUCCUCGAUUUAAAAAUAAACAACACGGCAAUGGUUGCAUUGCAGCAACUCAGUGUGAUGGUGAUAAUGUCAGUCGAGAGUAUCAACCAUGUGAACAGCAUCAUGAUGUAACAUGUGAUGACAACAGACAACUUGGGUAUACGUAUGUUAAUUACCAAAACGCAUCUGAAGAUUGCAAAAAAGGUGGUUCAUUCAUAAAAUGGUAUCCAGAUGAUUUUUGCAGUUCGAAUAAAUUCGAUCAUCCAUUCUGGACGAGUGGAAGACGUCACAACCAUACGUUUUAUCUUAAGAAGUCAUACGACAUUCAGAAUUUGCAACUUCAAAAAUGUUUCAAAAUACAUCGUCAUCAAAACAACGAAACAAUAGAAAGAAAGAUAGGCAACUGUACACAAACGUUUAGUUUUGUUUGCAGGUUUGGAACCGACAGAGACGACGGAAAGACAGUUUUUAUUCAGAAUAUGUCUUUCAAUAGCGGCGAACCGACUGACGCAACUGCAAGUGCAAUUGGUGGAACGGUAUCAGCUGUAUUGAUUAUAGCGCUAAUUGGUGUUACAGCCAUUUUCUUGCACAGAAAAAGAAAAUCAUCCAAACAGCCGCAUAUGAGAACUAUUCGAAGUGAAGAUUUUCCAAAAGAUAAGAAUUCAUUUACAAACGAAAAUAAUUCCGAUGGACAGUAUCAUGAAAUUGAUAUAACAACUGUUGAUUAUACCUUAGCAAAACCGUUGUCAAACAAUCAGGAACCAAAGAAGAAGACCACGGAGGAUACAAAUGUAUACACUAGGAUCGUCUCAUCCGGGUUCGAAAUCCCAAAUGAGGCUAACAAAAUAAACAAUGCAAUGUCAAAUCCAGGAUAUAACGAUAUGAACUCAAAAGACAGAAGCAACCAAGAUAACAACGUUAACAAUAAACGUACAAAUCCUGAGGUUGACAAAAUGGCCGUAAGUGAUUAUGAUCUGGCAAAGCCAAUCAGUGAUACAGAAGAAUUAGAUCCGUAUACAGCAAAUACUGACUAUGACCAUUUGAAUAAUGUUAAAAAACUUGAAAUGAGUGACGUGAAAGUUUAUGAUCAUUUAAAAAAUGCAACAGAAUCUGAUUCUACGUAUGAUCAUUCUGGUGUAACUGUUAGGACAGAUACUGAGAAUUACGAGCAUUUUAAUGUUGAAAAGUAAUAACAUAUAAAUUUAAUCAUUUAUAAAGCAUCUUACCCUUGAAUCAUGAGCAAACCGUGAUCAUUUUAAGAGCAUACGAUACAGUUACAACGGAGAUAAUGACGUUGCUCACGUAAAAUGUUAUUUUUCGCGAUGUCAAAGUAUGACAUAUUUGGAAAAGUUUCUUUUUUUACUCAUAUUUUAAUCAUACGCUUGAAAAAAGGUGCAUUGAUCCCUAUGUUUUAAAUGACCUUUGGCUUGAUUAUGUAUGAAGAUCAUUUGUAACAAUUUUUACGAACAAAUCACAGAUGGAUUUUUUUUAAAUCAGAUAAGUAUACCACAAAAACUACCGUUUUUUAUCGAAAAUUAUUAAAUAUUAUGAAUACUUUCCAAAGAAUUGUUUUGUUGCAUAAAUUUAAAACAUACUUAUGUAAAUAAGAUAUUCCAUAUGUUUUUUACAAAAAUCUUUUUUGUAUUUAUCUUUUGAAACAAAAAAGUUAACUUAAGUAUGCCUAUCCAAUAGAUAGAAAUAUCCGAGAAACCGAAAUUUUGAGUAAAUGUCUAAAAUUUCGACCCCAAUUAUCCCAAAAAGUAGCACAUGAAAGUAUAGUUUGUAUGACAUAUUUGAAUUGACUAGGUAUAAAACAGCUUGUAUGCAAAUUUUUGUAGACGAAUCACCGUGGAAUCAAAAUUGUAGCGUAUGCCCUUAAUGUUGAAAAGUAAGAGUACACAAAGGUAAAUUAUUGAUGAAUUAUCUAACCCCCGCUAAUAUUUGUAUCCAUAAUGCGUAAUAUCUUAAAUCUAUCUUUUGAUUACUGUAUCAUCCAUUUUCAUAAAUUAUAAUGCAUUAAUGUUGCCUGACAUUUAUUGUAGACAUUUAUCUUUUUAACUUGAAAUUUAGAGCAAACCAUAUUUGUCCUGUCUAUUGACUAAUGAUCAGCUUCUUUUUUUUUGUUUGUUUUCUGCUCUUUCUGUGUCCUGUCAAUCAUGAUAUAAACCAUAGAACAUGUUGCGACUUUAAACUACGGACCGAAAUAUGCUCAUACAUGUAUACAUGUACAUGCAUCCAGGAUUUAGAGCGAUAUUUAACCUAUUUCUCAUUUUGUAGAUAACAAACCUAAAAUGCAUUUUUUAAGUAAAGCAAUUACGUUUUGUUUUGAAAAAUUGUAGUACUUUUCACGUCAGCUUUAUUGAUUCAACUCAUAAAAUAAUUAAGUAUAAACAAAACAAUUGUACAAAUUAUAAUUUGUAUAUUUACUUUGUCCAAAAAGUGUUUGUAAGAAUUACAAUUUGUACAAAAUUUGCUGUAUUUCAUUUUUGUUUUUCGUUUAUUGUUUUGUACAUAAAUCCGGCCGUUAGAUUUCUCGAUUGAAUUGCUUUACAUUUGUCAUUUCGGGGCCUUUUAUAUCUGACUAUGCAGUAUAGGUUUUGCUCAUUGUAGAAUGCUGUGAGGUGACCUAUCAUUGUGAACAUCAAUGUCAUUUGGUCCCUUGUGGGUGUUGUCUCAUUAGCAAUCAUGCCACAUCUUCUUGGUAUUUUAUAUAUAUAAAUACAACACCACGAACAAAAAUUUUUAUUUGAAUAAAAAAUAUUAUCGAAACGCUUCUCUAAAUUAAACCACUACGCAAUAUGGUAUUAACAUUGUCACUUGGUUUCUUCUUAUGUUCUUCGAAUUACAAUGUAUAUCAUUGUUCACAGUUUUGUAAUUUAUUAUCACCAAUCAUGGAAUUUUAAGAAAGAUACCUUACCAUUUUGACGAUUUCGAAUUAUGUCGUUUUAAAGUUAUCAUGGAAAAUUGGACAUUU